AUGCCCAAGCCGACGACGGAUGCAUCUUGGGAGGUCGAGGUCUCUAACAAGACCGGCCAACCGAUUCGCUGGAACGACCAAAACUUCCAGUACUACAAGAAGCUCACGGAAAUCACUGCACGGAAGAAGGACGCGGGCUUGUACAAUUUGGAUAUCCAGGAGUUGAUUUUUUUGUCCGUGUGCACGGACAUGGGCCAGCAGCGCAUGGACAUGAAGGACGGGUCCACCAUAUGGAAGUAUCUGUGUGACCGAUACGAAGGCACAGCAAACGAUCCGACUAAGGCUAUGACGAAGCGGCAGCUGUACGCGCAGUUGGAGUCAGCCAAGUGCAAGCAGAACGGCAAGGUUGAGGCACACCUGAACUAUAUGUGCAGACGCAAGGGAAGACUCAAGACGGUCGGUAUGACUCGGUUUGACCGUUUGCGAGGGUUUGUGGACGCCGGAAUGGACUGUGUGGACACACCGGAAAAGGUGGUGUCCAUGGCGGAAAGUCUCGACCAUGUUUCAAAAGGGCACCACGGGGCAACUGCACAUUUCGACAGACUGAUAACACGUCACCGGUUGUGGCGCUAA